GAUAAACCAAAACCAUACCUCCCACACCUUAGCUGCCAGCAUCUAUUGACCACUGUGACUUGCAACCGUAGUGGUGUGGCAGGGAGGUGGCACUGACCAUUCUCUUCUAGGCUAGUCAGAACAGAUCUUCUAGUCAGAACAGAAUAUUAAAGAGGUAAUGCUCAAACCUAGUGGCCUUUUUUCUGUCCGUAGUUUUGGACAUCGAACCAAUGUUUCAUAAUGUACGCCAUUGAGGAAUUCAACUGGUUUUGUGGGAAAGAUGCCAACAUCUCUUUACAACACUUCAAGUGGAACAAAAAUCACACAAUAGAUAAUGCGUGUUUCAUUGGUCUGAUUUCCACCGGUAUAAGCGUUCUCUUUAUUCUUCUCGUAUCCCUCAUUCUAUUUAUUCUUACAUGUUUUACACAACUUAAAAGGCUCAGCCAUCGUUACAUUAUCCCACUUCCGGGACAUAUACCAAGAUGGCUCCUCAAUAUACUGAUGGUACUACUUCAGUUAGCUAAGGUUGGCGAGGGCAUUAUCACGGAUGUUUCGGUACGCAGGAAUUUCAACACAGAACCGUACCUGUAUAUUCCGGCCUGCGCAAGUCUUAUCGCGGUGAUUUUGUAUAUUUCGUAUUACCACCAUGUUGAAUAUUGGAACAAGCCCUCCAUGUCGUUUCUACUCCUUUUCUAUUGGUCUUUCAAUCUGACGUGUGACGUACUGACGUUGAUGAACGCCAUUGAUGAGGAAUGGAAAGAAUUCUCUUUUCUGCGUUACGAUUUGAUUUUAAUUAGCAUCGUGUUUACAUCAUUGUACAUUUUGCUAGAGUUAAUUGUCAUAUCAAAGGCUCUAUCCUGUUCCUCCAGCGACGAUGAGUUGCCAGAUGAUCUUAAGAAAGAAAAUAUGUUCUUCAUGCAAGGCUACUGCAAUCUUAUGUCAUCAGCGACCUACUGGUGGCUGAACUGGUUGUUUAGGAAAGGCUACAAAGAGCCCAUUGAGCUCAAAGAUCUAGGGGUACUGUCUAGCUCUCACAAAGCCCGCCAAAACCGCAUGCUCUUUGAAGAGGCUUUAGAGAAAGAACGGGCUCUAUCCUGUUCCUCCAACGACGAUGAGUUGCCAGAUGAUCUUAAGAAAGAAAAUAUGUUCUUCAUGCAAGGCUACUGCAAUCUUAUGUCAUCGGCGACCUACUGGUGGCUGAACUGGUUGUUUAGGAAAGGCUACAAAGAGCCCAUCGAGCUCGAAGAUCUAGGGGUACUGUCUAGCUCUCACAAAGCCCGCCAAAACCGCAUGCUCUUUGAAGAGGCUUUAGAGAAAGAACGGGAGCGUGCACUGGCAAAGGGCGUCUCCAUUAACUUAUACCGUGUAUUCUUCAAAGUGUAUGGGUUCAAGAUGAUGCUAGCUGGGUGUCUUAAAUUCUGUGGCGACUCUUUGAGCUUUGUCGGACCAGUGGCACUUAGGUAUCUUCUUGAGUAUGUCAGUGGUUUAGAACCAAAACCAGAAGAGGAUGACCAAUAUGUGACCGUUGAAGUGUUUCUUCACAAUGGCUAUAUACUCCUUGCUGUUAUAUUUUUUGCCGCUGUUCUGAGGUCUCUGUGUUUGCAGUCUCAUUACCAGGUUGUCAUUAUUGAAAGCAUUCAUCUACGAGCAGCUCUUCAGACCAGUGUGUAUGAUAAAGCCCUGAAGCUUUCUACUUGGACAAUGACUGGCGGAUCAAUGACGAUGGGUCAGAUUACGAAUUUGAUGUCUGUGGAUGCUAUGAAUUUGCUAAACUCGGCCCAGUGGGUUCACUAUAUAUGGUCUAUCCCCUACCAACUUGGUAUAUCUUUAUAUAUCCUGUAUAAGACCUUGGGCUACUCGGCGUUGGUUGGUUUCUGUGUAUUCUUUGUUACCAUGCCGAUACAGACUAAAAUUGCUGGUAUUCUUGCUGGUUUCCAGAAAAUUGUCAUGGCCAAUUCUGAUGAGCGUCUGAAGAGGAUAAAUGAAAUGCUGCAAGGGAUCAAGUUAAUUAAGCUGUACGGCUGGGAGCACAUCUUUUUAUACAACAUCAAAGAUGCUCGAGCGAAAGAGGUUCAUGUCAGAAUGAAGGGCUCCCUCUGGAGUUCUGCUUUAACAACUACAACUAUUGCAUCGCCUCUUCUUGUUACUCUUGUGAUUGUUAAUUUACAUAAAGUCUUGAAAUAUUGUCCUGCCAAAGUCGAACGAGACAAGUCGGCAAUUGAUGAAGAUGACUUUGGCACAGCUUGUCGCUUACCACCAAACAAGUUUAAAAGUAAAAAGAACAACGAUCGUACAUUAUUGGUAAAUGCAGCCGAUGGCAACCAAUAUGGAACCUUCUCGUCGAACACUACCAACCCAAAUUUCUCAAAUGUUGAUGACCUUCCUGAUGACCUGGUGCUAAAGAUUGAACAUGCUAACUUUACUUGGGAUGUUGAUUCACCAGAGCCAACUUUAGCCGACAUUAGCUUAGAAAUACCCGCAGGUAAACUGACAAUGAUCGUUGGUGCUGUUGGAAGUGGCAAGUCCUCUGUGUUGGCGGCAAUGUUGGGUGAGAUGUCUACUCUCAGUGGGAAUGUCCAGUGGAACAGGCACAAGAGCACCGUGUCAUUUGCAGCGCAGAAAGCGUGGCUUGUUAAUGCAUCGCUUAAAGAAAAUGUUCUGUUUGGUUAUUGCGCUGAGUCGGACAGAUACGAUUCGGUCAUCUCCUCUUGUGCUCUGAAGCCAGACAUUGAUAUCCUACCAGCUGGCGAUCAAACAGAGAUUGGCGAGAAGGGCAUUAACCUCAGCGGAGGCCAAAAACAGAGGAUCAGCGUGGCCAGGGCGAUGUACAGUUACAAUGAUGUUGUAAUAUUGGAUGAUCCACUAUCAGCACUUGAUGUCCACGUGGGACGUCAGGUAUUUGAAGAAGGCAUUGUGGGAUUGCUGCUGAACAAUAAUCGAACUUGCCUUUUGGUGACACAUCAAGUUCAGUACGUUGAAAAAGCCGACUGGGGAAUCCACAACCCAUUGCAAGAUAGAAGGGGAUUUGCAAAAUCUAUGAUCAAUAAAGUCAACAGCCUUUAUAACGAUGAUGAAACUGGAAAACUAAUUGAGAAAGAGGAGCGUGUUAAAGGAUCCGUUGGCUUUACGAUGUACGGAAAUUAUAUCAAACAGCUUCGUGUCCGUGUGUUUCUGCUUGUGAUGGUUCUCAUUUUCCUGUACAAUGGAUGCAGUGUGGGCAACAAUUUCUGGCUCUCCGCCUGGUCAAAUGCUGGUAUUCAUCCACCACCAAAUAAAACUGAUGCACAAAUACUGCGCAAGUAUUUGGGUGGCUAUGCUGGGCUCUCCAUCACCAGUAUCAUUCUGUCAACCACAUCAUCCCUGACUUUGGUUCUCUCAGCUUUGUAUGCGUCAAAGAGGAUGCAUAAUACCAUGCUAACAAGGGUCAUGUUCUCCCCUCUCAGAUUUUUUGACACAACUCCAAUCGGCCGAGUUCUAAAUCGAUUUUCAUCGGACAUACAGACUCUAGAUGCACAACUGGGUUCAUCUCUGAAUUCAUUGCUGGUGUUUUCGAUGAACUGUAUCUCCGCCAUCAUUGUCAACACCAUCGUGUCGUAUUUCUUCAUCUUUAUUUGCAUACCAAUGGUAAUCCUGUACAUCGUAAUGAUGAUGUAUUUCAUCACAACUUCAAGGGAGUUGCAGCGUCUGGACAGUAUCAGCAAGUCUCCAGUGUUUGCACACUUCUCCGAAUCCCUUGGUGGACUGCCAACAAUCCGCGCAUACUGUUUGCAGAAUUCAUUCAGAGAUGCCAUUCUGAGCAAAAUCGACAAGAACAACGUUGCAUAUGUGUACAUCCAAACUGCCAACAGAUGGUUAGGUGUUCGACUGGACAUCAUUGGUGCGUUUGUUGUUCUGUUGGCCGGCUUGACAUCUAUGACGACUGGUAACAAUGCCGGCCUUAUUGGACUGUCUAUCAUGUAUGCUCUUUCUAUGGCUGGUCAGUUAAAUUGGUUGGUAAGAAUGGCAGCUGCUGUUGAGAUGAGUAUGAACUCCGUAGAAAGGGUUCAUUACUAUAGCGACCUAAUCAUGGAAAAAUAUGAUGGAGUAAGAGAUCCGCCACUACAAUGGCCAAACAAGGGUGAAAUCGUGCUUGAUGACAUCUCCGUAAGAUACGCCGCAGAUCUUGAUCCCGUCCUUCAGGAUGUGUCUGUAACUUUAUGUGCUGGAGAAAAGGUUGGUAUUUGUGGACGAACUGGCAGCGGCAAGUCUUCGCUGACCCUUGCUCUCUUCAGAGUCAUUGACACAUUCAGAGGUCGUGUCAUUGUGGAUGGUGUUGAUAUUGCUAGCCUCCCCUUAACAGCACUCAGGAGAAUUAUUGUUAUGAAAGAUGGCAGAGUUCAACAUCAAGGAACACUGGAUGAUAUAGCUAAGAAAGACCCAGAACUGUACAGCGAAUGGCAGACACUGAUCCAAGAAUCCCAGCAGAAGGAAAAAGAGAAGGUUGAUUCAGAAAAUGAAGAUGAUGUUGUUGUAGAACGAAGAAAGCUGUUGAGGCAGGUGUCUAGGAUGUCAUUUGCUUCCGAUGACGAGGACGAUGUCAUCUCUGUUAAGAAAGGUGUUAACGAAGAUAACGAUGAUGAAACUGGAAAACUAAUUGAGAAAGAGGAGCGUGUUAAAGGAUCCGUUGGCUUUACGAUGUACGGCAAUUAUAUCAAACAGCUUCGUGUCCGUGUGUUUCUGCUUGUGAUGGUUCUCAUUUUCCUGUACAAUGGAUGCAGUGUGGGCAACAAUUUCUGGCUCUCCGCCUGGUCAAAUGCUGGUAUUCAUCCACCACCAAAUGUAAGAAUAUUGUUGAUUAUAUGA